AUGGCAUCCAACAACUUCUUGGGUGCAGGCCCUCCUAUGUUUACAGGAGAAAAUUAUCACAUAUGGGUGAUAAAGAUGAAGGUUUAUCUCAAAGCUCUUAGUCUAUGGGAAACAAUAGAAAGUGAAGAUGAUUCUCCUCCACUUGGACCAAAUCCAACAGUUGCACAAAUGAAGAUUUAUGAAGAUUCAAAGUCAAGUAUACCAAAGGCUCUCACAUGUCUUCAUUCAGCACUUUCAGAUGUGAUUUUCACAAGAAUAAUGACUUGUGAAACACCUAAAGAAGCAUGGGAGAAGCUAAAAGAGGAGUUCGAUGGAAAUGAUAGAGUGAAGGCUGUCAAACUCUUAACUCUCAAAAGAGAAUUUGAGAUGUUAAAGGUGGUGGAGAAGAUGAUGAUAAGCUUACCAGCAAGGUUUGAGUCCAAGAUUUCAGCAAUAGAGGAAUCUUGUGAUUUGAAGACUUUAUCGGUUGCAGAACUGAUCAGCAAGUUGCAAGCCCAAGAACAAAGAUCAAGUAUAAGAGAUGGAGAAAUAGCAGAAGUGGCAUUUCAGGCACAACAUAAAGGCAAGCAGCCUAUGAAGGACAAUAGAAGGAUGGAAGGAGAUAAAGUAGCAAAGGGAAAACCAUGGAAGGAAUCUUCAAAGAAAGGGAAGUUUCCACCUUGCAACCAUUGUAAAAGAACCAAUCAUCAAGAAAAAGACUGA